UUAGAGGGACUAGUAAUAGAAUGAUACAGAAAUCGUGUUGACCACGAUGAAUUUUAGGGUUAUUUCAUCUAUCUAUCAAAAUUGCUAUUUUAAGAUAAAAUAUUUUAGACAUUUGUUAAGCUGUUGUCCGUCUUGAUUAGCUUUUGUAGUAGAAUAAUUUGUAAUUUAAUAUUCACUACACCUUUGAGUUCUUUCACCAUGCCAAAGGGAAAAAGAGGAAAAUCAAAAGCUGGAGGUCGGACAUCUGCUCUAAAGCUUGACCCAAGUGUGUUACCAGAAAGUGACGAAGAAUCCAACUUUGAUAAUGCCAGCAUCAUCACUAUUGCCUCAGAAUCUCGUUUUGGUAGUGAGGAUGGAACUUGGGCAGAAGAAGUAGAAGAAGAAGCAUUAUCUGAUGAUUUUGAAGAAAAGCUUAAAGAAGCUAUUGAUGGAACCUCACAAAAAAGUGCAAAAAGCCGACAGACUUGUCUUGAAGUUGUCAGAAAAUCCUUUACAUCAAGGUAUAUGUACGAUUUUAUCAUUGAAAGGAAAAUGACAAUCACUGAUAUGCUAGAGAGAAGCUUAAAGAAAGGAAAGGGAGAAGAGCAGGGAACAGCAGCCAUUUUAGCAGCUCUAGUGUGUAUACAUCUUGGUGUAGGAGAUGAUAGUGAAGCUUUGUUUCAUGAACUGGGUCCUAUAUUUUCACAGAUUGUGGCUGACCGUACUGCUUCACCUGUUGCAAGAGAUAAGUGUGCAACUGCCCUAGGAAUAUACAGUUUCAUAACAAAUUCUGGUGUUGGUAGUCUUCAGUCUACCAUGCAGUUGCUUCAUUCAAUAUUUAGUGCAUCAUUUUUAAAAGGCAAUGGAGCAGUUCCUUCUCAUGCCCCAGAAUUAGUAGUUCUUCAUAGCCAUGCCUUGUUAGCCUGGAGUUUACUUGUGACCAUUUCCUCUACUUUACAAGUUAUAGAACUGGCAGAAAGUCAGUUGAAGAAGUUACCAGAAUUACUAGAAAGUCCUGACUUGGAAUUAAGAAUAGCAGCAGGAGAAGCAAUUGCCAUCUUGUAUGAAGUGAUUCGAGAAGAACGAGUGGAUUUUGAAAUAGAAAACGUUGAUAAUCUUUGUGAAACAUUACGACAACUUGCUACUGACAGUCAUAAAUUUCGUGCUAAAAAAGAUCGUCGACAACAAAGAUCUAGUUUCCGAGAUAUAUUGCGUGCAGUGGAGGAAGGAGAAGCUCCAGAUGUUAGAGUGAAGUUUGGUAGAGAGGUCCUUAACAUUGACAGUUGGUGUAAAAAACGCCAGUAUGAUGCCAUUUGUUAUAUUUUAGGGUCUGGAAUGAACUUGCAUCUCAAGGAAAAUGAGUUGUUAAGGGACAUUUUUGAACUAGGCCCUCCUGUUACAAAUGGUGGAAUGUACCAGAAAAUUAGCAAGUUUGAUAGGCAUAUGGGUAAUGUGGCUGCCUGUAAGGCUAGGACUAAAUCAAGAGGAAAGCUGAGAGACAAGAGAGCUGACAUUGUUGGUUAAAUGUUUAUUUUAGGCCUAACUGUUGUGAAACAAAUAUCACAUUAAAGCCAUAUGUUUAUCGUGUGAAGUAAAAUGAGAAUUUAAAAUAAAAUUGAAUAUGAUGAUGAUGAUGAUGGUAUGUGAAGAAAAUGUAACAAAAGUUUUUUAGCUAUAUUUAAACCUUAAAACCCAUUGAAAUAACUUGAAAAGAAACAAACAAAUCUGAAACUUUUGCUCAUGAAAUUAGUUGUGUUAAAUUGUUUAAGAACUAUAAAAUAGUUGCAAUUCAACAGUUUCUGUACAUUAGAAAUGUUUAAUUGACAGACUUAUGUUCCCUGUUUUUGAACAUUUUUUCCUUACAUGCCUGUACAAAUAAAACUGAAAAAGUUUUGAAUGCAAAGAAUCAGUACAAUUAUCUAUAGCUCAUCACAUGUGAAAAUCAUCAUUACUUGUCAGUUCUUCCAAGUAUGUAGCUUGAAAUAUGUAGAAUAAAAGUAUCACAGACUUAGGUAGUGAUCAAAGUGAACUGAACCUUAAGGAACCAUGAAUAUACUUACAUAUAUCACAAAAACUUGGGUUAUUCUCAAAAGAAAGUAGAUCUAAUUUAUGUAUUUUAUAUUUAUACAUAAUGAAUAUUUUUGACAAAUGUUAUGGAAAGAUAAUACUAUAUGGUAUCAAAGCUAAAAUUCUAGUAAAUCUUCUAAUACUGGUGACUUUUUUUUUACUGUAUUUCUGUCAUUGUAAACUUAAAAGUUGUUUGUUGAUGUGUUGUAGAAACAUAUGGAUUAAAUAGAAUAUCUUUGCAUCAUGUAUUUUGUAACAAUGUAGGUUGGCAACUACAUAUAAAUGCCAAAUAAAAAUGGAAAAAAAAUUUUGCCACUUCAUUGUAUUGUGGAGAUAUGGGAAUACGAAUUCUUAUUUAUUGUAUGUAUUAUUGAGAUUGUGUUUGUGACUUUGUUCUUACCUGUGUUUAAUCAGUAGAUUCUCAAAAAAAUAUACCUCAAAAUUAAACAGGUACUAAAAUUUUUAACAAGUCUUGAAAUUGAGUAGUUUUGUAUGUUAUAGACUUGCAUGCUUGAUUUCAUUAAAGCACUUUUAUUUUAAA